UCCAUUUUUCCUAUCUCUUCUUUUUUUUUCUACCACCACUACUCCCUCUCUUCCCCUUUCCUUUUUCUUCCCUUCCCCUUUGUUAUCAUUAUUCGUAACCUAUGUGCAUAUAAAUACUCAUUCAUAUAGAAAAAAAAGCACCUUUUCACCAAAACAUUCUCAUAGACCGUGAUAUUCGAUAAAGGAACGAGAGUACUUUUUUUGCUGGUGGUCCUUCUUUUUCCUUCUUGUAUUAAAUUUCUGAACUGGACCUUUUUAUUUUUAUUUUUCCCCCUUUCACUUCUAUUAUUUUUUUUAAUCUGUUUUAUUUAAAGUGCGAUUGACUACCAUCAUGUCGACUGCGUCAUGUCCCUCACCUUCAUCAUCCAUUGCUCCGUCAGCUUCUUCGUCAACAGCAUGGGAACGCUCCAAUAGCAUCGGAUCUUCGGAUGCAGGUUUGAUGCCUUCGAUGCUGAAUAAAGAAAAUGACAAACAUCCCAACCCGGAAAAAAAAGCACCCACCACCGAAUAUUUACCUACACCUGUCACUCCGGCCGGCGCGUUUCCUAAAUGUUUGGCACAAGAGUAUCCUGGAUAUGGUGCAUUUGCCUUACAAAAGGCGGCCACGCCCAAGAGACCAACACCUGAUAAACCCUUUGCAUGCCACGAGUGCGACCAGGCAUUUAGCCGUCCUCAUAAUCUAAAAUCACAUCUCGCCACUCAUUCUUCCGAACGACCAUUUCAGUGUGGCACCUGCAAACUUUACUUUCGACGGCAUCACGAUUUGAAACGGCAUCAAAAGCUGCAUACCGGCGAACGUCCCUACGUGUGUCAAACCUGUAACAGAUCGUUUGCUCGAUUAGACGCCCUCAAUCGUCAUCAACGCUCGGAAGGGUCCUCUGCUUGCAGUGAUGUUCAUCCAUUUGUUGGUCACACAAACGCCACCAAGUUCACACCCGCCUCCAACACCGACACUCCAUCAUCGAAAUCUUUAACCGCGCCUCGACCCAUGAUUCCUCAGCUUCAAAUUCCUCAUCCCGCAUCACGUCCUGUUCAAAACGAAGUUUAUCCCCACCCACCAUCCUCGCUUUCACCUCCCAAUACACCAUCCAAUUCAAAUUUGCCAGUUACAUCAACCCAUAGCAAUGUUCUACCCUCACCGAGUGCGCUUCCAAAUCUGCCAGUUUCGGAAAGUACCGAAUUGGUACCUAUUCAAGUCGCCUACUCAUCGGCGUCACUGCCUUCUUCCAAUUCACAGUCUCCUUCUUCCUCCAAUAAUACAUUGCCUGAACCUUACCGAUCGUGGACCUAUUCCCCGGACAGGUCCCACCCACCCUCUAGACGAUUACCUCUUCCUACCGCCUCUUAUACCAUUUUACGAGAACCCUCUGUGGUCGACCGACUAGAAAAGGAGAACCAGGAAUUACGUCAACAGAUUGCCCGGCUAAAUUCGCAAGUAGAAGACACAAAAGUACUGCACUCCCGUAUUCACGACCUUGAAAUUGAGAACAAGGUAUUACGUUCUCUUAUUGUUGAAAGUGGUUCCAGCACCAAACAAGCCGACCGAGACCAAAAAUCGACGAUAAAUGAAGAGGGUGAGGAUGAUCAAUCGCGGACGUUGAAAAGACCACGACUGCACACUCCGUGCUGAUCAUCACCUGCAGCACUCACAGACAUUAACUCGCCCAUGUUUCUUCCGUAUUCCCUUUUCCUGAUUUCUUUUUUUUUUCAUCGUCACCCGAGCUCCUAAUGCAUAAAAUCAAUAAUCACCUCAUUUGUCGUUUUACACAAAAUAAUCCUUAAUGACAAAGCACAAUCACUUUAGCAAAAAGAAUUUUAACUUAUAAAUGUCUCAGUUCGAGGUGAAAUAGGGUGACUAUAAGAUCAAGAAUCGUCAUGGCAGAAAAUAAUAAAAUAUCAUGAUUUGCGAG